AUGGCAGCGGCGAGUGGACGGGGGAACGGUGGCAGCCUACAAGGAUGGCAGGAGGCUGCUGUGAGUACGGCGAAAGUGAGGACAAGCCGACAUCAAAGAGAUGGAAGGAGAAACUCCAGACUGGGAGUGGCGGGGUUCUCCGACCAACCCAAGCCGGGGCGACGGGAUCAAAUGAUCUGA